CUGGCCGGGAGGAGCAUGGCCUGGGGCCCAGUGGGAGCCUCUCUCUUCGCCAGCAACAUUGGCUCCGGGCACUUCGUCGGCCUGGCCGGCACCGGGGCCGCCGGAGGCAUCGCCGUGGGAGGCUUCGAGUGGAGUGGGAUGUUCAUUGUGCUGCUGCUGGGAUGGAUCUUUGUCCCUAUCUACAUGAGAGCAGGGGUCAGCACCAUGCCGGAGUACCUGGGGCUGCGCUUCGGGGGGUCCCGGAUCCGCCUCUACCUGGCCCUGCUCAGCCUUCUGCUCUACAUCGCCACCAAGAUCUCAGUGGAUAUGUACUCCGGAGCCAUCUUCAUCCAGGAGGCUCUGGGCUGGAACCUCUACGCCUCGGUGGGAGCCCUGCUGGGGGUGACAGCGAUUUACACUGUGACUGGGGGCUUGGCUGCUCUGAUGUUCGCUGACCUGCUCCAGACCUUCAUCAUCGUCGCUGGAGCCUCAGUGCUGGCUGCAUAUGCCCUGGGGGCCGUGGGGGGCUACGAGGGGCUGGUGCAGCGCUACCCCCUGGCCACCCCCCAGAACCUGACAGGGCCCUGCGGGAGGCCUCGGCCGGACGCCUUCCACCUCCUGAGGCAUCCCAGCACCGGGGACCUGCCCUGGCCUGGGCUGCUGCUGGGGCUGGGCAUCAUCUCGGCCUGGUACUGGUGCACAGACCAGGUGAUCGUGCAGCGCUGCCUGGCCGGCCGCUCCCUGUGCCACGUCCGUGCAGGCUGCGUCGUCUGCGGCUACCUGAAGGUCCUCCCAAUGUUCCUGAUGGUGCUGCCUGGCAUGGCCGCCAGGGUCCUCUUCCCGGAGGUGGUUGGGUGCGCGGACGCCCAGCACUGCCGCCGAGCCUGCGGCACCCCCGCGGGCUGCUCCAACGUCGCCUACCCGCGGCUGGUGGUCACACUGCUGCCCCCUGGCCUGCGGGGCCUGAUGCUGGCGGUGGUCCUGGCGGCCCUGAUGUCCUCCUUGGCCUCCAUCUUCGCCAGCGCCGGAGCCCUCUUCACCCUGGAUGUCUACCAGAAGCUCCGGCCCAGGGCAGGCCCCAAGCAGCUGCUGCUGGCCGGCAGGCUGUGGGUGGUGGCCAUGGUGGGGCUGAGCCUGGCCUGGCUGCCGGUGGUGGAGGCAGCGCGCGGAGGACAACUCUUCGACUACAUCCAGGCUGUCGCCAGCUACUUGGCUCCGCCGGUGGCUGCUGUCUUCUUCUUGGCUGUCUUCGUGCCCAGGGUCAAUGAACCUGGAGCCUUCUGGGGCUUGCUGGGUGGCCUGGGGCUGGGCCUCCUGCGCCUGGUGCCGGAGGUGGCCUUGGGGACAGGAAGCUGUGGAGCUCCAGGAGGUUGUCCCCAGGUCCUCUGUGGCCUCCACUACCUGCACUUCGCUGUCCUCCUGUUCCUGGCCUCUGGAGCCAUCACCCUGGGGGUCUCCUUCUGCUACCCUCCCAUCCCCCAGCGCCACCUCCACCGCUUGGUCUUCAGCCUCCGCAACAGCACAGAGCCUCGGAUAGACCUGGGCCAGGAGGGCCCCAAGGAGGCACCUGGGGAGGCCCCACCCCCAGCCCCCGCCCCCGAGGAUCCUCGCUGGCGCCGGGUGGUGAACCUCAACGCCCUGCUCCUGAUGGCUGUGGCUGUCUUCCUCUGGGGCUACUUCGCCUGA